GUGGUGGGUCAUCAUGUCUGUUGUCUUCUUCACUUUUGAGUUGUAUUCUCGAAAGUAAUACAUAUUUUUUGAACAUACAAUGCAAUUGAAACUUGCUUACUUUUACAUUGACUUACGUUUUCUCAAAUUACUACUCGCUUUACUCCGUUAAGGCAAAUUAUUAUUUCCAUCGUUCAAAACUCAUCGCUCAAUCCUUCUCUUAUAUAUUUUGCAAAGUUUACUUGCUCUUUGCUCUCUCAAUGGACUUUGUUGUUGCCAUCGUUAGCUCUAUUGUCGCUAAAUCUGCAGAGUAUACGAUUUCUCCUAUCAUAAACCAUGUCAAAUACCUUUCCAAUCAUCAGCAAAAUGUUGAGACCCUCAAGCACCAAGCUGAGAAGCUGAAAGUUGCAAGGGACAGAGUGCAGCAUUCUGUUGAUGCAGCUUUACGAAACGGCAAAGAGAUCGAAGGCGAUGUUGACAAAUGGUUGUCUGCAGUCGACACAAAGAUCCUUGAACAAGUAGAGAAAGUGACGCAAGAUGAAGAAAAGCAAAGAAAAAGUGUUUCGUUGGUUUGUGUCCUGAUUUCUGGACUCGUUACAAGCUUAGCCUGAAUGCUCCAGAGGAGGCGAAGGCUGUUGCCGAGCUACUUGAACAGGGCAAGUUUGACGAGGUUUCUUAUCCUGUGCCUCUGCAAGGUAUCACUGUCACACCAUUUAAAGGGUACGAGGAUUUUGAGUCAAGAACGUUGGUUUUGAAUGAAAUAAUGGAGGCACUGAAAGAUGAUAGCGUCAGCGUUAUUGGGGUGCACGGUAUGGGCGGCAUUGGAAAAACAACGCUAGUAAAAGAAAUCGCUAGAAAGGUCAAGGGCAAUUUAUUUGAUUCGGUUGUCAUAGCAACAGUAACUCAAGCCAUUGAUAUUGAGAAAAUUCAGAACAGAAUUUCAGAGUUAUUGGGCUUGAAAUUUGAGGAACAGAGUACCGAUGUAAAGGCACUUCGACUACAAGAAAGAUUGAAGAAAGAGAAGAGGGUUCUGGUCGUCUUGGAUGACAUUUGGGCAAAGGUUGAUAUUGAGGAAGUUGGGAUCCCUUUGGGAGAUGAGCACAAGGGAUGCAAGUUGCUGCUAACUUCUAGGGAGCUAAAUGUUUUAUCAAAUGGGAUGGAUGCUCAGAAAUAUUUUUCUGUUGGGUUUUUAAAUGAAAACGAGGCCUGGGACCUGUUCAAGAAGAAGGCUGGCGACUGUGUUGAAAGUUGUGAUUUGAAGCCUGCAGCUAUGGAGGUAGCCAAAAAAUGUGCAGGGUUGCCCAUAGCCAUUGCGACAGUUGCAGGGGCUUUGAGAAACAAAAGAUUGUUUGAGUGGAAGAAUGCUUUACGAGAACUAGAGAGGCCUUCAUCAAGCAACUUCACGGGGAUAGCUGCAGCAUAUUCAGCUAUUGAGUGGAGUUUUAAUUAUUUAGAAAGUGAGGAAGUUAAGCUGACUUUCUUGCUUUGCUGUGUAAUAGGCCAUAAUGGUCUGGUUGAAAAGUUGAUGAGAUAUAUUGUGGGUUUGGGUUUAUUUGGUGGUGUCAACACUAUGGAAGAAGCUAGAAAUGAAGUAUUGACUGUUGUGGCUAAUCUCAAAGCGUCUUCCUUGUUGCUUGAUAGUUAUGAUGAUGAGCACUUUGAUAUCCAUGAUGUUGUUUCGGAUGCUGCUUUAGCUAUUGCAUCGAGGGACUACCAUAUGCUUGUUUUGAGAGAUCAUAUUCCAAAGGAGUGGUCCGAUAAGGCGAAAAUGAACAGCUUGAGAGCGAUAAGCUUACCUUGUCCUCAAAUUAUAGUAGAGCUUCCUAAGGAGAUAGAGUAUUCAGGUCUUUCCUUUUUCCAUAUGGCCCAUGAUGAUUCAGUGGUAAUUCCUCCCGACUUUUUCAGAGGAAUUGAAAGCCUCAAAGUCUUGGAUUUACCUUCAUAUUCCUAUCUACCUGAAUCAAUUAAUCACCUCAUAGACCUUCGCAUGUUGUGUCUAAGAGGAUGUCUAGUUGAAGACAUAACCAUCAUUGGAGAGCUCAAAAGUUUAGAAAUCCUUGACCUUGCUUUCUCAAGGAUCAAAGAACUACCCAAGGAGAUAGCACAAUUGACUCGGUUAAGGUUGUUAGAUUUGAGUUGGUGUGAAAACUCAAAAUCAUCCCACCAAAUGUUUUAUCAAGUUUGUCUAAAUUAGAAGAAUUAUAUAUGGAGGGAAGCUUUGUUGAAUGGGAAAAUGGAGUAGUUGACAACGAGAGGAGAAAUGCAAGCCUUGAUGAAUUAAACAAUUUGUCUCGUCUAACUACUUUAUAUGUUCGUAUUUCUGAUAUCCAAAUGAUUCCAAAGCAUCGAUUCAUUGAGACAUUGAACAGAUACAGGAUUAUUGUAGGUGAUCAUCCUAUAUCCAAGUGGCUCCGAAGACAUGAAUGUUCAAGGACAUUGACGCUCCAGUUAUAUACAAACAUUUGUUUGGAUAAUGGGGUGAAAAUGUUGCUGGGAAAGGCUGAAUAUUUGUACCUAGACCUAAAAGGACUUAAAGGCAUCAAGAAUGUACUUGCAGAGUUAAAUAAAGGGAACGAUUUUCCACAUUUACAGAGUCUUCAUGUCAAAAAUGGUAUCCAGGUGCAAUAUAUCACAAUGAACAACAUUGAGUUUUCUGAAUUACGUUUCAUAACACUUGAGCGUUUGCCGCAACUUAUUAGCUUUGCUGUCAAGAGGAAAGGUGUUCCACGAGUUUUGAGCCCCUACCACUUUUCAUUAAGCAGACAUAUCAUUGGAGUUCGAAUUUGAGGAGGUUGAUUAUCACUGGAUGCGGCAAGUUGGAGCAUCUGUUAUCGCCCUCUGUCGCCAGGAAUCUGGUGCAGCUCCACUGCUUUGAGAUAGUGGGUUGUGAGUCCUUAAGGGAGAUAAUAUUUACAGAGGAAAUAGAAGAAGAAGAAGAAACGAGUAAUGUGAUUUGUUUCCCCCGAUUAAACUUUCUGCAUAUAGAUUUCCUUCGAAACCUCAUCUUCUUCUGCUCAGGAAAUUAUAAUAUCGAAUUCCCUUUGUUGAAAGAGCUAAAGAUUGUGGAUUGCCCGAAAUUAAAAGAAUUCAUUAGUGAAAGCAGUAUUGAGCCCGGCAUGCAUGCUCUCUUCAACGAGAAGGUUUCAAUUCCAAGCUUGGAAAGGAUGACAAUCUCCGGGUUGAGGAAUACGAAGAUGAUAUUUCAUAAUGAGCUACCACCAAAUUCUUUUCGAAAUCUACGAGUAUUCAGUGUUUCAAGGUGUGAGAGUCUGAAAAAUCUAUUUCCAGCGUCAAUAGCCAAACAUCUUCCGCAACUUGAACAUUUAUGGAUAAGAUGGAGUGGGGUGGAGGAGAUUGUAUUGGAAGGGAAGGUUUAGAGGAGCAGCCUGUGAGUUUUGAGUUUCCCAAAGUGUCUUCCUUACGGUUGAACACUUAGAAAAGCUCAAAUGUUUCUAUAAAGGGCAACAUACAAUUGUGUGGCCAAUGUUGAAAAAAUUGACCACAGAUUGUUCUGCUUUGCUAAUGAUAGUGGGUUUAGAAGAUGUUAGAAUCCAGGAAACGAAGGGAAAUGGGGAGGCAGUAUUGUUGGUUAAGGAGGUCAUUCCCAAUUUAGAGAAACUUGAGUUACGAAAUUUUAGUGCUAUGGAUCAAUUGCCACCGGAUUUGUUCCCUCGCGUUAAGGUUUUUGAAGUGGGUGGUGGCUUCCAUAGUGGAUCUUCUUAUAUAUUUCCUCUCGUCCGAAGAUUCUACAAUUUGGAAAGGCUGAAGUUUAGUAAUUUUGAUUUCAAACAUGUAGUCCCUUGUAAGGGAGCUGUUGGGACUCUCUCACCAAUAAAAAAUCUGAAAUUGCAUUCUUCCAAAAAUCUUAAGCAUAUAUGGAGAAAAGACUCGGAACUUGGUCAUAUUCUCUCUAAUCUCCAAACACUCACAAUUUCGCAUUGUGAUGAUUUGAAAAAUAUUGGAGCCUCGUCAUUAUCUUUCCAAAAUCUCACAACUUUGGAGGUGUCAUAUUGCAAAAUGAUGACAAACUUACUUACACCCUUAAUAGUUGAGAAUCUGGUGCAAUUAACAACAAUGAAGGUCAGCGACUGCACUGAAAUGACAGAAAUAGUGACAAAUGAGGGAGACUACCAUCAGACAAUAGUUGUCAGAAAAUUGAAAUGUUUAGAAAUAAGCGAUCUACAAAGGCUCACAAGCUUUUGUCCAGGGAGUUACACCUUCAACUUCCCUUGUUUGGAAGAAGUAGUUGUUGAAAGGUGUCCUAGAUUGAAGGUCUUUUCUGAGGGAGUUUUAAGCACCCCGCAAUUACAAGGAGUAAAACAAGGGCGUUACAAUCGAAAAGAGUGUUGGAAAGGGGACCUGAAUACCACCAUACACCAGUUGUAUACAAAAAAGGGUGGAUUCAAUAGCCCAUUUGAUCUGAAUAUCUCUGACACGUUUCCAAAGUUGAUAGAAAUAUGGAAAAGAAACCCUCAAGAAAUUUUGGAGUCGAAGAACCUUGGCAGAAUAGAGAUUUAUAAAUGUAGCAGCUUGAAGUAUAUUUUUGCCCCGUCUAUGCUUUUUAGCCUCAAGCAACUAGAACAGAUAGAAGUAAAAGAAUGCAAUACAAUGGAACAAGUGAUCAGGGAAGACGAGGAGGGAGUAACCAUACAUACGUUGACACUUCCUAAGCUCUCCUUUGUAAAAAUAGAGAGGUGUUCCAACUUGACAAAUUUUUAUUUGGGAAGUCAACCUCUUGAAAUUCCAAAUUUGUGGGUUAUUACGAUAGCUGAGUGCCCAAAAAUGACAGCAUUUUCUUCUACAAUUUCAAGAAAGAGUGAAAAAGUGAUUGAAGAGCAAGACGUAGAAGAUAAUACUGCCGUUUUAUUCUGUGACAAGGUUGUCAUUCCCCAUUUGGAGAAUCUGAAGUUGUCCUCCAUUAACAUUCAGAAGAUAUGGCACCACCCAUCCUACUCACCAGAGAGGAAUCAGAUGUUCUCUACACUGCGGUCCCUGUGUCUGGAAGACCUUCCCAAACUCAAAGAUGCCUGCUUUGAGAAUAGCUUUGAAUUCCCAUGCUUAAGAGAUUUAACACUAAAAAAUUGUCCUCUGCUGAAAACAUUCAUCUCUAAAUCUGUAUGUGGAGAUGAACCUCAAAUUCACCAACCUACACAAACAAAUAACUCUGCUGUCCUCAAUGAAAAGAUUGUUUUCCCUCGUUUGGAGAAGUUGCUGAUUCAGGGUUGUGAUUCGUUAGAAGAAAUAAUGGAGCUGCAAGCACUCAAUGCCAAUGAAGCACAGUCAACAUCAGCUACGCGGUCUACUAUGGCAGACACAAUGAUGACCAAGUUUGUAUUUCCCCGUCUAACGCACCUUGGACUGGAUAAGGUGCCGAGUUUGAAAAGUUUCUACUCUAGGAUGCAUACCACCCAAUGGCCAUCAUUGAAAUUUAUGAAGGUUAUUGAAUGCCCCAGAGCACAAAUUUUUGGUGAGGUUGAAAUCCCAAACCAACAACCCUUGUUUUGCAUCAAUGAGGUAUGCUCACUGAUAGUUUAUAUUCCAUGUUCAUUACUUGAAUUUAUUAGAUUGUUUUCCUUAGUAUUUGAGAAGAUGGUGCAAUUAAUAACAAUGAGGGUAAGUGUCUGCACUGAAAUGACAGAAAUAGUUGCAAAUGGGGGAGACUACCAUCAAACAAUAGUGCUUGGUAACUUGAAAUGUUUACAACUAAGCAAUUUAAAGAGCCUCACAAGCUUUUGUCCUGGAAGUUACACCUUCAACUUUCCUUGUUUGGAAGUAGUAGUUGUGGAAGGGUGUCCUAAAUUGAAGAUCUUUUCUAAGGGAGUUUUAAGCACUCCACAAUUACAAAGUGUAGAACAGGAUAGUCUCAUUAUGAAAAGGUGUUGGGCAGGUGACUUGAAUACCACCAUACAACAGUUGUAUAUAGAAAAGGAUGGAUUCUGUGGCCUAGGUGAUUUGACCAUCUCUGAUACGUUUCCCGAGUUGAUAGAAAUAUGGAAAAAAAAACCUCGAGCAAUUUUAGAGUUGAAGAACCUUAGCCAAAUGAAGUUUAUAAAUGUAGCAGCUUGAUGUACAUUUUUACCCCUUCUAUGCUUUUGAGCCUCAAGCAACUAAGGUUUAUAGAAGUAAAAGAAUGCAGUAUAAUGGAACAAGUGAUUAGGGAAGACGAGAAGGAAGCAACGACACAUGAGUUGAAAUUUCCUCUGCUCUUCUUUGUAAAAAUGGUGUCGUGUUCCAACUUGACAAAUUUUUAUUUGGGAAGUCGAGCUCUUGAAUUUCCAAAGUUGAGUAAUAUUACGAUAGAUGGUUGUCCAAACAUGACGGCAUUAUCUUCUUCAAUUUCAAGAAAGAGUGAAAAAGUGAUUAGUGAGCAAGACGUGGAAGAUAAUACUGCCGCUUUAUUCUGCGACAAGGGUGGAUUCAAUGACAGAUUUCAAAAGUUAGAAAUAUGGAAAAGAAACCCUCAAGAAAUUUUGGAGUUGAAGAACCUUGGCAGGGUGGAGAUUAAUAAAUGUAGCAGCUUGAAGUAUAUUUUUACCCCGUCUAUGCUUUUGAGCCUCAAGCAACUACAAUUGAUAAUGGUCAAAGAAUGUAGUAUAAUGGAACAAGUGAUUAGGGAAGAAGAGGAAGCAACGACACAUGAGUUCACAUUUCCUAAGCUCUCCUAUGUAACAAUAAAGGCCUGUUCCAACUUGACAAAAUUUUAUUCAGGAAGUCGAGCUCUUGA